GAACCCAAAAAUCUCACAACAAAAAACAGGCCUAGACUACACUAGAAUCCUCCUAGUCAUCUUUAUAAAUACCCAACCAUCAAAUCCUUCAACCAUCGAAAAAAAUUCAGCAAAAAUCUGAGUCUCUGAAGUUAUUUACAACAACAUCAAAGUUCAAAAAUGUCGAUGAUUCCAAGCUUCUUCGGUGGCCAACGCAGCAAUAUCUUCGACCCAUUUUCUCUAAACGUAUGGGACCCAUUCAAGGAUUUCCCAACCCAAAUUUCCAAAGAGAAUUCUGCUUUCGUUAACACUCGUAUUGAUUGGAAAGAGACCCCAGGAGCUCAUGUGUUGAAGGCCGAUCUUCCUGGGCUAAACAAGGGGGAAGUGAAAGUCGAGGUCGAAGAUGACAGAGUGGUUCGGAUUAGUGGAGAGAGGAAGAUAGAGAAGGAAGACAAGAAUCACACGUGGCAUCGUGUCGAGCGGAGCAGUGGCAAGUUUGUGAGGAGUUUCAGGUUGCCGGAGAAUGUGAAGAUGGAUCAGAUCAAGGCUGCUAUGGAGAAUGGGGUUCUCACUGUUACUGUUCCUAAAGUGGAGGUGAAGAAACCUGAUGUCAAGGCCAUUGAAAUCUCUGGUUGAUUUUGUUUGUGGGUCAUGUUCUGUUAGCUUCAUGGAAUGGAAAAGUGUGUGUCUGCGUGUGUGUGUCUGUAUGUGUGUGCCUUGAGAAACAUGAUUAAUCUCAGCUGUGAAUGUUGUGUGUGCGAAGUGUUCGCUUAAAAUAUCUAUGCAAAUAAUACUUUUUGGCUAA